AUGAUCUCUUUGCUUAAAGACAAAGCCAAAGAGAAUAAAUCUCUCAAUAAAAAACUUAAAAAGCUGGAGGAGAAGUAUGUAGAUAUACACAAAUAGCAUAAGGGCUUGAUUCAAGAUAGAGAGGCAUUUAUUGCAUUUUUACACAUGGUAUUCCCCUAAAACUACCUUGAUGAAUUGCUUCUACCUGAUGACUAGUUUGGUCUAUAUGAUAUAGAUCAUAUUAAAUCAUUUUGGACAUUAAUGAAGAGUCAAAACGACACAGAGAGCACCCAUAUAAUUGAGAUCAUGAAGGAGGAGAAGAAAGUUAUGUAUUAAAAAAUUUCACAAUAUGAGCGAGAAAUAUCUGAUAAGGAGGAUUCUUAAAGGAAGAUCUAGGAACUGGAAGGAUAGAUAGCUAAACUCAUGGAUGAAUUAGAGGAGACCAGUAUAAAUAUUCAAAGGAGAGAUUAAAAGAUAUUUGAAUUGGAAGAGAAAAUAAAGACAAGUGAGGGAAGUAAUGAUCGCAUCAAGGAACUUGAAAGAGAAUGUGCUGAAAUGAAGGCCUCUCAACUUAUGAAUAUGUUUGGGUCUGCAGGAAGUAAGGCCUCUAAUUCAAAGCAAUUUGAGCGAUAAUUAGAAUCUAUGAAAGUGUAACUAUCGGAGAAGACAAAUGAGAUUUUGAGAAUUAGAGAUGAAAAUGAAUAGCUUAGCGCAUAAAUAGAUGAGCUAUAAUAGAAAUAAACAGAGAGCUUAUCGUUUACUAAUGCGAUGGCAUAAGAUGAUUUUCUUAAUAAUAGAUAAACUGAUGAGCCUUUGAAAUAACUACCUGGAAGAGUUUCUAAUUUAUCACAAUCGAAUUCCUUGCUGGAACACUCAAUGGAACUAGAAGACCCUAAAUACAGAUUGAUAGAGCAAACUCUUAGAGAAAGAGAUGAGGAAGUUGAAAAACUAUAGAACUAUAAUUAAGAACUAGAUAGUAAACUUCAAUAACUAUUGGGUGAAUUCUCCUAGUUUAGAAAUAAAGCUCAGUAAAUGCUAACUUCCAAAGAUGAAGAGCUGGAUAAAUUUAAGGGAAGAUCGAAUUUAACUAUUGAAAGUCUUCAGCAGCUAUCAUCAGGAUAGAAAAACAAAAAUUCUCCUGAUAGUAAUAAGUAUCACUAAAACUACUAUGAAGAAAAUGGUUAUGAGAGCAGUGCUAGCACCUAUAUGAGAAGAUUACAAGGCUAAGAUAAAGACAAAUUAUCAAAAGAAACUCUAAAUACAGAUUACAUUAAAAAUGUCUUUUUCAAAUAUCUCGAAUACUAAGCUAACUAUAAUGAGAAAGAAGCAAUGACGAUGGAAAAAGUACUCUUUACAGUCUUAAAAGCAUCAGAAAAGGAUAUAGAAAAACUAGAGAAAGCAAGAUAAAAAAAUACAGGAGGCAUCUUUAGCUAUUUCUAUUCCAAUGGGGCAAGUUCAACUGUGCCAAGACCAGUCUAGCCCAGACUAUCAACACAAGAACUCAGUUAUGAGGACGCUUAAAGUCCAAUCAGAAAAUUUAAUAGCCAUAAUGGAGCAAUAAAAGUUAAUGAAUUUGGGUAGGGCUUGGGUCUUUAAAAUGAAAAGGUGUUACAGAAUGCAACUAUCGACUAAAAUCCUAAAAAUGAUAAUCGAAAGUACUUCAACAUAAAUAUAUCAAAUUGA